ACAUAAUUAAACUAAUUUAUUUCUUCAAUUCUUUUGCAGGUUCUACUGUCGAGAUGAAUGGUGGUAACACUACUAAUGAUGAUGUCUGUAAACGAGUUCCUAUCGAGAACCCACCGUUCGAAUACAGUGAUCUAAAGAAAGCGAUACCACCACAUUGUUUCAAGCGAUCUCUCAUUCGGUCGUCCUACUAUUUAUUAUGUGACUUGAUCAUGGUUUAUGGCCUUUACUACAUUGCAUCAAAUUACAUACCUCUUUUGCCUAAACCGCCUCUACUUGCUUACAUGGCAUGGCCCAUAUAUUGGUUCUGUCAAGGAACCCUUUUUAUGGGCCUAUGGACUACAGGCCAUGAUUUGGGGCAUAAUAGCUUUAGCGAAUAUCCGUGGCUUGAUGACACAAUUGGUUUCAUCAUCCAUUCCUCAUUCCUCACUCCAUACUUUUCUUUCAAAUACAGUCACCGUAGGCACCAUGCUCACUCUGGUUCAAUGGAGUACGACGAGGUUUGGAUCCCAAAAAAGAAGUCGGAUAAGCUGUAUUCUGAAAUCCUUAACAACCCGCUAGGAAACCUCUUCAUUAUGCUAACCGGGGAACUCAUUGGAUUCCCAUUGUAUUUUGUAAUGAAUGUUCAUGGCAGGGAUUAUGAUAAAUUCGCAAGUCAUUUUAAUCCAAAUAGUCCCAUGUUCAAUGACGGCGAGCGCAGUCUAAUUUGGCUCUCGAUUGGAGGUGUUUUUGUAACCGCCUAUGCACUUUACCAAGUUGCCUUAACCGCUGGGGUAAAAUGGUUAUUUUGCAUCUACGGAGGCCCAUAUUUAGUUUUCAACAUUCAUUUCAUGAUGAUCACUUUUUUAAACCAUACUCAUCCUUCCAUGCCUCACUAUGAUUCAAAAGCAUGGAACUGGAAGAGAAGUGCCUUGGCGACGGUCGAUAGAGAUUAUUAUGGAAUUCUCAACGGCGUGUUUAAACAUUUAACCAACGCCCACACCAUACAUCACUUUUUCUCAACCAUACCACAAUAUCACAUGGUAGAGGCCACCAACGCGAUCAAGCCAAUACUAGGCGAGUAUUAUAAAUACGAUGACACGCCCUACCUAAAGGCAUUCUGGAGGGAUACAAAGGAAUGCAUAUAUGCCAAACCAGAUGAAGGUCAAGAGGAUAGUGGUAUUUAUUGGUUUUGCAAAUAGAUUAUAUGGGGUGCGCGCGUCACGUACACUACUUAUACCAUCAGAUUGGAUUUUGUUUGAUAAAGUUGUUAAUUUUUAUCAGUCUGUUUUUUUUUUUUUUUUUCUUUUUUUGGUGAAGAGGACCUUCACCCAGCUGGAAACUGUUUAAUAAGUUAUUUGUCUGUUUGUUAUUAAUUGGUGUAUAAAACUCAUUCAGACCAGCAGCUAGCUUUUCUGAAUCAGUUGAUGGUAACCUGUUUUGUAGAGUUUUCUUUUUAAUAAAUGUCAUGUUCUGUGAAGUUUUAAUCAGUUUGAAUAAGCUUUGGAUAAUAGC